CAAACAAGCUCAAACAUGUAAAUUGUGAUUGUUAAUGCAAAUUGCAAUGGGUGGGGAGUUUGAAUGUUCAGAGUAAAGUGAUUUUUUUCGUUAAUUAAUUUUUUAAAGUUUUAUUAUUUUACAUUUUCGCGAUGCUUCAAGAAUACAAAGACGUAAUAAUAAGAAACUUUGUCAUUCUUAUGAAAGAAUGUGAUGUUCAUGCUCUUGCAAAAUUAAUGGUAAACAAAGGAGUUUUCAAUGAUAAAGAAAUAAAUAACAUAUUUUCCUCUAAUGAUGAAAGACACAAUAAGAGAAUAUUUUUCUUCAGUAUUCAAAAAAAGGAUACGAGCACGUUUAAAAUAUUAGUAAACUCUCUGAGGGAAACAAAUCAGAAUAAAUUAGCUGAUCUUUUGAUGCCAAAACAUACAGGAUGUGUGCCGUAUCAAGCAGAACAGGUGUUUGAUGAACUCCCAGAUGAUGAUAUGUUAGAUAUCAAUAGGUUGAACAUUUACGUAAAUAACAGCACAGAGUCUAUCCAUGUUAAAGUCAUUCCAUCAACUAAAUUCUAUGAUACUUAUUUGGAUAACCCGAAUAUUGAUUUUUAUUACACCAGAUCGAAAAAAAGGGGACGGGUUCUCAUUAUCAAUAAUUAUGAGUUUGAUAAAAUCGAUGAUAACAAACAUCCGUACAGAAAUGGGGCCGAGGUGGAUAAUGAAAAUUUGAAGAGUUUGUUCAUUCAGAUGGGAGGUUGGGAGAUUGAACACCACAACAACAAAUCAGCUAGUGAAAUGGAAAUUAUUUUGAAUAAUUUUUCUCAACAACGAAAGAAUGUUAAUUACGAUAUAAUUUUUGUGAUAAUUAUGAGCCAUGGAAGCGAACAAGCUAAUGAUACUAUCAUUUAUGGAAGAGAUCAUAAUUAUAUUCAUUCCUUACAAAUUCAGAGGAAAUUUUCUAAUGAACAUAGUAAGACCCUGCGAGGAAAGCCCAAGGUUUUCAUUUUGCCAGUAUGCAGAGGCUCAGUUUUGGACAUAGCUGUACCACAUGAUCAACGUCCCAGAACAGAGACAGACUCUGCUUUUAGAAAAGGAGAAUCGAAAAGCCCUGUUUCUUCAAUCAUAAAUCUUAGGUCCGAGGAAGAUAUGUUGGUUGGAUAUUCCACAUUACUUGGUUACAAGGCUCAUAGAGACCCAAAUCGAGGAUCUUGGUAUAUCGAACUGAUGUGUGAUGUAUUCAUGAACCACGCUCAUGAUACCCCUGUCGAUAAUCUCUUGAGUAUAAUAGACAAUCGCCUUAGAAGGAGAAUGUCGGAGAACCAAACUAUGCAGACAGCGGAACACCGGAAUAAGGGUUUCAAAAAAUUGUACCUGCAUCCAGGGAUUUUCUCUGAAAAUGAUGACAUGAAGAAAUUUCAUGAGUAGUUUUUCGUAACACUGCCUAUUUUUUAAUAAGAUACAUCGAUAUAUUUUUACUAUUAAGAUUUACAUUGAUAUUUUGUUGAGAUAUAUUUUUAUGUUAAUUUUACAUAUAUGAGGAAUUAAACUUAACAAUGUU